CCCUCGUGGCGAGAGCUGAAGAGGGAUGUGACAAGGACUUCUAGAUUUAGACUGAAUCCUGCUCCCAACUACAUAUAAGCUGUCCUUUGAAUCUGCAGAAUGCCUCCAACUCUAACCAACACCAGUUCAUCUGAUUUGAUUUCCCAGCCCUUGAGGGAACCCCAAGUGAUGAUUUCCAUAGCCAUCUUCAGCCUCACUUUCUUGCUGGGACUGCCAGGCAAUGGGUUGGUAUUCUGGGUGACUAGACUGAAGAUGAAGUGUACAGUCACUACAGUAUGGUUCCUCCAUCUCACCAUGGCUGACCUCCUCUGCUGCCUCUCUGUGCCAUUCUCCCUCAUUCAUGUGAUCCUCCAGGGGCAUUGGCCCUAUGGUUGGCUCUUAUGCAAGCUCAUCCCUUCCAUAAUCGUACUCAAUAUGUUUGCCAGCGUCUUCCUACUGACAGCCAUCAGUCUUGACCGUUGUGCUGUAGUGCUCCAACCAGUAUGGUGCCAGAAUCAUCGCACUGUGAGGAUGGCCUUCAUCUUCUGUGCAGGCAUCUGGGUCCUGUCUUUUGCAAUGUGCAUGCCUGUGUUUUUGUACCGGGAAACCUUUACUGAGAACAACUGUACUGUGUGUACCUACAACUUUGAGGAACACAAUUCACAAGCUUAUAUUUACUUUAGCCCUAACCUUGUAAAAGAAGGCUCACUCGAGAACCCUUCUACAUCUGAGUUGACUGGGACAAUAGAAGAUAUCUUACAUCCUUCAUCUUCCAGAAGAGAUGUUUAUCUCUGGCCUUCUACUACCACUGCUAUACCUAGAACUUCUAAUGUUUUCUUCUCUACCAAGGUCAAUGGAGAUCAUUCUGGAGGUGCAUUCACUGUAGAUUCAGUUAACUUAUACAGUCAUCACCCCUUUUCUGAUUUGUCAGAACUACCAGAGAAAUUUCCUCAUGCUGAAUCACCAAGGAUUCCUAUGGUUUUACCUGAAUUUAGCAAUAAUGAUUCCAGUACUGAUACACUGAGAAACUCUGAUGUCCUACCCUAUGACAAUGCAGGAGCUUUUCCCAGGGCUUCUAGCAAUCCUUUAGAUAUACCUGCUGAAGUGACAGAAGAUUUCUUGGAUUUUAUUUAUAACUAUGAUUUCAGUGAGAACCAACUGUCAACAACCUUGGUGGCAAUCACAGUCACAAGAUUGGUGGUAGGCUUCCUUCUGCCCUUCAUCAUUAUUAUCAUCUGUUACACCCUUAUCAUUUUUCGUUUAAACAAAAAUCACUUUGUGAAAUCUAGAAGCAAAACCCUGAGAGUGUCUAUAGUGGUCAUAGUUACCUUUUUUGUCUGCUGGACUCCAUAUCACAUUAUUGGGGUCCUGUCCCUGUUUGCAUCUCCAUUUACUCCACUUGGGAAGGCAGUGAUAGCAUUGGACAACCUCUCCAUUGCACUGGCAUCUGCCAAUAGCUGCCUUAAUCCUCUGCUCUAUGCCUUCAUGGGGAAGGAUUUUAGGCAAAAAACACGACAAUCCCUACAGGGCAUUCUAGAGGUUGUCUUCAGUGAAGAUCUCAUUCAGUCUUCUAGCUGUCCCCAGAACAAAACCUCAUUGACUCAAGACAUUGUCAGCACAGCUGUGUGAGAAGAUGGGGUAGUGACACCCCACAGCCCCAGUAAGGCUAUGUCCUAGGGCAUGUUUCAAAGUGGAUGAUGUCAUGGUUGUCUAGGAGAUUUGGAAUAGAAUUGGAUGGUUAGAGGGAACCAUGAGAAAUCGUUUCAGGUGCUAGGUGCAAAAUGCUAAGGACCCAACCCAUAGAGGUUAGUUUAGUUUUGAAAUUUAAUCGGCUCAGGAAACACAGGUUUUAGCUAUUGAGGGAGCUUCCUCAAUAAAUACUCAAGAACUUCCUGAGUACAAAAACAUCCAGAACAUAAGGGCCUGGAGUCUCUCUUUCAGGUUUCUGCCCACAGACCAGCAGCAUUAUUAACACCAGCACAUCAGAGCUAUGCUUAUAUGAGUCAAAGUUAUAUCCUGCCCAAAGGGCUAUAAAAAUGUGCACACCCUUUGACCCAGCAAUAGCACGUCUAGGGCUGUAUCCCAAAGAGA